GAGAACGACAUACGGAGGGAGAUUGUGGAUAAAUAGAAGAAUUAGAUACUCUAAAAAAUUUGAUAUAAUUUAUUUACCACAAAUAGUUUAAAUAUCAAUAUCCAUAAUCCGGCAUAUUGUAAAUGGUACAAUAGUGUUUUGGAAGUACUAUCAGUUGAACUGGAAAAUGUCUUUUAACGAUCGUCCUACAACAUCGAAGGAUACUUCAUUUGACUCUUUCUAUACGGAGGUUAAAGAAAUUGAAAAACGCGAUUCUGUUCUAACCUCUUCUCAACAAAUUGAUCGUUUACUUCGUCCAGGUUCCACAUACUUCAAUCUUAAUCCAUUCGAGGUACUACAGAUAGAGCCUGAGGCCACUGUUGAAGAAAUAAAGAAACGUUAUCGCACUCUCUCCAUAUUGGUGCAUCCGGAUAAGAAUCAGGACAAUAAGGAACGAGCGCAGACUGCUUUUGACAUUAUUAACCGUGCAUGGAAGGCGCUGGAAAAUGAUGUAACACGCAAAAAGUGUUUGGACGUUUAUGAGGAGGCGAAGGAAAGAACCGACCAUAUGAUUGCAGAAAAACGGAAGAAACUGCGCAAGGAAAGCAAAGGCUUUGAAAGCAUCCCUGAAGAUGAUCCAGCAAAGUACAAACACGCCGUGUAUGUGAUGGUGAUGAAAUUGUUUGCCGAUAUGGAACGUCGUCGACAACAGUUGGAUCAGCGAGAUCAAGAGGAGCGUAAACGUAAACGAGAGGCAGAAAUAGAGGAGGAAGAGAAACGUAAGGCCGAUUUAGAGUGGCAAAAGAAUUUUGAAGAGUCGCGUCAGAAUCGUGUAAAUAGUUGGCAUGAUUUUCAAUCUGGUGCCAGUAAAUCAAAAAAAUCUAAAAAGCAGAAACGCAUGCACGGCAUGGUUGUUCCACCCAAGUUUAAACCGGAGUCGCGAUAAAUGUAUAUGUACAAUCUACGGAUACUACGUUUUUAACAUUAUUUUUACAACUCAAAUUUAGUUCAUAAAGCAUAAUACGUAAGCGUUAAAAAGGUUAAAUUAUGUAAAUUGUGUACGUGAACAAGCCUUUAUUCGUAAAAUACAUAUGUAUGUAUUGAAUGCCCGUUGAAGUUUAGUUGGCGCACAUAUAUUUAAAAAAACCAACAAUAUAAAACUGACGUUUAUUACAUUUU